GAGGAGGCCCGCCUCUGUCUUCUAUCACGUCCUCAGUGGAGACUUAAACCUCCGUCAAUCCAGCAGCGGUAUCAUUCAGCAGAAACCUGCACAACAGCGAGGAUGUCUGGAAGAGGCAAAGGAGGAAAAGGACUCGGUAAAGGAGGCGCUAAGCGGCACCGUAAAGUCCUCCGUGAUAACAUUCAGGGAAUCACCAAGCCCGCUAUCCGCCGUCUGGCUCGCCGUGGUGGAGUCAAGCGUAUCUCUGGUCUGAUCUAUGAGGAGACCCGCGGUGUGUUGAAGGUGUUCCUGGAGAACGUCAUCCGUGAUGCCGUCACCUACACCGAGCACGCCAAGAGGAAGACGGUGACCGCCAUGGAUGUGGUGUACGCUCUGAAGAGACAGGGCCGCACUCUGUACGGCUUCGGAGGUUAAAGUCAGCGUUCAUGCAGCAAAACAAAGGUCCUUUUCAGGACCACACAUCUCCUCUACAGAGCAGAGUUCUGUUGGUCCUUAAGAACUCCAUAUUGGUGGUAGCCAAGAUAAACUUAAUAUUAAGCAUGCAUCUAAAAUGUUUAAUAUAUCGAAGUGGGUAUCAUGUGAUGGCUAAGUCAAUUACAGUAACUCUGAGCUCUUUGUUUAUUGUUGGUUUACUUUUGUGUAGUUCCCUCUAGUCUGGACUGUGGAAUCAAAGUAUAUCGCAUUUCAAUUACAGCUAACAUGCUCCAAAAUAACACUUCACAUUAGUUUUCAUUAAGUCUGCUUACUGUAUGAGCUUUGAUCACGAAUAGUUUUCUUGAUUACAGGAUGUUUAAUGUGGCAUUACUAGUAAAAUUUCAGUAUGACAGUUGCACUUAUUGAGUUUUUUAUAUUUUGGUUAAAGCUCUGAAUCGUCUGUCAUCUGACUUGCUUUUAUC